GCCCGGAUGCGCUUGUACGCAAGGAGGGUGCGGGCGAACCAUUGAGCGGGGGCGGGGGAACCCGGCAGCCGCCGGCUGGGAACACCCCUUCGCCCGGGCGUUGCGGCGGGGGGAGCGGACGUGACAGGCUGAGUGGCUGGGCGCAGGCUGUCGGAGACGGAGGGCAAUGGUCGUCCCCAGGGGACAGGAGCACCAGGCCCCCCAGGAGGUUGAAACAAGAGAAGAUGAGGAACAAAACAUCAAGUUGACUGAAAUUUUGGAACUGUUGGUGGCUGCUGGGUAUUUUCGAGCAAGAAUCAAAGGAUUAUCACCCUUUGACAAGGUGGUGGGCGGCAUGACGUGGUGUAUCACUACUUGCAGCUUUGAUAUCGAUGUUGAUUUAUUGUUUCAGGAAAACUCUACUAUUGGUCAAAAAAUUGCCUUAACUGAAAAAAUUGUGUCAGUAUUACCAAAAAUGAAGUGUCCUCAUCGUUUAGAACCACAUCAGAUCCAGGGACUGGAUUUCAUUCAUAUAUUUCCUGUUGUACAGUGGCUUGUGAAACGUGCAAUAGAAACAAGGGAAGAAAUGGGAGACUAUAUCCGUUCUUACUCUAUAUCACAAUUUCAAAAAACUCAUAGACUACCGGAGGAUGAUGAAUUUAUGCAAAGAAAAGAGAAGGCUAUCAAAACCGUUACUGAUAUCUUUGAGGUUUACAAACCCCAGAGAAAAUAUAAACGUCAGAAGGGAGCUGAAGAACUGCUAGAUGAAGAAUCAAAGGUUCAUGCUACGCUUCUGGAAUAUGGCAGGAGAUACGGAUUUAGCAGACAAGCAGGAAAAACAGAACAGGCUGAAGAUAAAAAAAUUGCGCUACCUCCAGGACUUGCAGCAGCAGGAAAAUCUGAGCCUUGUGAUGAAGAUGACCUUCAGGCUGCUGAAGAGCUUCGCAUUAAAACUCUGAUGACUGGGAUGGCUGCAAUGGCAACAGAAGAGGGCAAGUUGACAGCAAGCACAGUUGGCCAGAUUGUUGGACUCCAGUCAGAUGAGAUCAAGCAAAUAGUGUCAGAAUACGCUGAAAAGCAAUCUGAGCUUUCCGCUGAGGAGCGACCAGAAAGGCUUGGAGCUGCACAACAACACAGAAGGAAGGUGGCAUCUCUGAAUAAGCAAAUUUUGCAGAAAACCAAACUCCUGGAAGAGUUGCAAGCUAAAUGUGCUGAUCUGCAGGCAAAAUGUACUGAAGCAAAAAAGGCGUUAACCGAGGUUAAGAGUUAUGGUGAAAAGCUGGACAAGGAAUUGGCAGCCCUGGAAACAAUAGAAUCUCAAGCAGAUUCUAGCAUAUUACAGAGUCUGCGAGCACUGGUGGCCAUGAAUGAAAACCUAAAAAGCCAGGAGCAAGAGUUCAAAGCACACUGUAGGGAAGAAAUGGAGAGACUUCAACAAAAUAUUGAGAAUUUGAAAGCCGAGGCAGUAGAAAAUGGGGAGGAACAGGAGCCGAAUAAGAUUAUAGAACAGCAGUACAAAACUGAGAAAGAUAAACUUCAAAAGAUCCGGCUGUUAUUGGCACGAAGAAACAGAGAAAUAGCCAUUUUACAACGCAAGAUUGAUGAAGUACCCAGCCGAGCUGAACUAACACAAUAUCAGAAGAGAUUUAUUGAACUUUACAGUCAGGUCUCAGCAACUCACAAAGAAACGAAGCAGUUCUUUACUCUUUAUAAUACACUGGAUGAUAAGAAAGUAUAUUUGGAAAAGGAGGUUAACUUACUGAAUUCUAUUCAUGACAACUUUCAGCAAGCAAUGGCAUCUUCUGGUUCUCGUGAGCAGUUUUUACGGCAGAUGGAGCAGAUUGUAGAAGGCAUCAAACAGAAUCGGAUGAAGAUGGAAAAGAAAAAGCAAGAAAACAAAAUGCGAAGGGACCAGUUGAAUGAUGAAUACUUAGAGCUUCUAGAGAAACAGAGGCUUUACUUUAAAACAGUGAAAGAAUUUAAAGAGGAAUGCCGUAAGAAUGAAAUGCUGCUGUCCAAGCUGAAAGCGAGUUCUUCCUGAAGAACUCAGGCUGGUGAAGUUCAUAGAUGGUUGUUCAGUCUGUUGAAUCUCUUUUGUGAGGUGUCAGUUAUAACUGCAAUGUAGAUAUAUAUAGAUAUAUAUAUAUAUAAAAAAAAAUAUAUACACACAGCUGUAAAAGUCUGGGGUUUUUUUUCCAGUAUGUAUUCAGUUUUACAUUCCUUCAUCACAUGGCUGUAUUAUUCCUUAUUGCCUCUACUACACAGUAAAAAGUUAAUGCAGUACAGCAAAAUAGAAAUAUUGUCUAAUUUUAUUUAUUUGGUUUUGGUUUUUUUCAACAGUAAGGAAAACAGGGAUGUCUUUUAUUUGGGUUUUAACACUGAAUUAGGUCAGGAUUCUGGAAUAAAUAAGUUGGUAUGUACUGUGUAAUAUGUCCGGUACCACAAAAUGAGCACUGCAGUGUGCUGUGGUUUGUUAAUUUUGGCCAAAAAAACCCCACAGAAUGAGAUUCUUGAAAGUCUCUUCACCAGCUAACAACUUCACAUUCUUUUAAUUUACACUUUAGCCAUAGAUAAAAUUCCAAAGGAUAAGAAUUAAUUUCUAACAGUUAAGACAUAAAAAAAUGGAAACUUACCUUGAAUAAUUCCUGGUGUAAAAUUAUAGAUCUAUAUUUUUAUAAAGUCUAGCUGUUGUAUAAAUUUCUUUGAAAUUUCAUUUUUAUAUAUAGAGAGUGUACUUGUUAAAUUAAUAGCUCCAGGAAAAACACCUUAAUCACUAGGACCAUCAUGUUAUCCCUGGCUGGGAUGACAGUCAAAGUCUGUGUCACCUGUAAUAAAGGAAGAUAAAGAUUCAGACAUUCUGCUCAAAUGAACUGCUGGUCACCUUUGAAGACAACAGCCUAUUUACCCUGCUGAGGAUUUGCCUUUGAAAGUUUAGAAACUUUGUGGAACACUUUCUGAAACAUUUUUAUAUCUGUAUAUACAGUAUUUUAUAAUUCAAACAGAUGCUUUUUUGUACUUAACAUCAGGAUUUUGGACUGACUUCUUAAUGUACAUCACAUCUUCAGGAGAAGAAAAACCACAUUCUUUUUUCCCCAAUAACACUGGUGACAGUGCUAUUCGAUUAUUUCUAUGGCAGCAAAUAUAAAAUAAAGAAUGUUUGGAAUCCAGUGACCUUCUGCUAUUGUGUUUUUAAGGUGGCGUUUGCUUUAGAAGCCUUAGUAUGCUUUUGAAUUACAAGUGCAUUAAAAGAUGAAUUGUGUCACUGUAGUGUCUUCAUAUGCACUUAAACAGAUGUUUUCACGUGUCACACAGCAACUGGUAACUUUUUGUUUUCUCUUGCUGCUUUUGGUAAGCUUGGUGCUUUGGGAGUUGGCACAAACUAUCCAACCUGUUAUAUGCAAUGGAGGUCUGUGUAAGGUUCUGAAGAUACAGAAUUCUCCGUGGAGAUGAUACAAGUUCAUCACACUCAAUCCCUGAUUCCACUCCUUUUGAAUACAACGGAAGGUUUGAUAUGAGCACGUGAAUCUAUGCAAACUGUAGCACUGGAAAUGGAGAAGUGUGGGCAUUUGUUAAGCCGUGCACAGGGACAUUGUUGACGUUCUGUCCGGGUAAAACGUAGUGAGCUACCAGAGCUGUGGUACGCUAAGUUCCAUGGGAUGUACCUUCUCAUUAAGGAGACUGGGUUUGUGACAACCUGAAACGCUUUUCCUGUUCCUUCAGUACAAACAGAAGGAAAGCCUUUCCACAGAGCCAGCUUGUACCUUACUCCCCCAUCCUAGUGAGUGACUGAAUAGGAACAGGCUGCUCUGCUUGUAUGUAUUCAGAGUCAGUCUUCCUAGAGCUAGUGAAAUAAUUAAGGCAAAAUUACAUUCCAAGUACCUUCAAAGAAGGAAAAAAUUACAUUCAGAGUUCCUUCAAAGGAAAUUUGCAUUGAGUCCCACUUGCAGACUUUCUCUAGUCAGCUUUGAUAUUAGGAGACAUUAUUUAUGUCUACAAAUUUUGCCCUCUAUAAAAACAGUAAUUCUCUUUCUGAUUUGUAAAUCAAAUUAUUUAACCUUGGCACCAAGAUAACCUGUUUGUGAAUUCAAGCUGUGACAUAUUUGCAUACCAUGCAAUUCUAAAACAAUAACUUGAAUGGGCAUUUCAAUUUAGGUUUUACAAUUUUCAUCAAAAUUGCUUUGGUAUCAAGCAAAAUUUCCUAGGUGGGGUAAGUAAUGAACUUACACGUAGAAUAAAUGAUGUGAUUAUUUGUUAAGCAUAAAGUUUAAAGUUACACUGACGUGUUGCAACCACAGUAACCUGGAAACUUCAACAUGCAAUAUAAAAACCCUAGAGCCAUUGCUGUGGCUUGGAGCUAGUGAUGUUGACUAAGAUGGAAAACCUGGGGUUUGUGACGAUCCGGUUAUUGCUCAGAGGAAAUAAAUCAGAGUCCAGAUUAUAACUCGCUGUAAGGAGUCAAUUAAUUUCUACGACAGAUUGAAACCCAGGGCAGACAGACACUGUCUUUGCUUUCAGGUACCAUGUGGAGAUGAGAGGAAGGAGGCUGGAGAGGUCCGAAGAAAGUUACAUCAGCGUUCCUUGCUUUCUGUCGCAGGCUGCCUAUGUUGGGGGAACCCUUUCUCCUGGCACCUGGGGAGGAAUCAAAAUGCAAGAGGCGCUUCUUCUAGUGGCCUGAUUAACUCGGUGGCCGUCAGGCUUCCCCGGGACAUCAGGCUGUCUGUCCCCAGUGUGGAGGAAGCAGUAUACAUCGUGCUAUGGCUGGUCCUGGGAAGGUGAAUUUUGGGAACCGUAUCCAGGAUGUUUUGACACUCUGAACACGACAGUCCCACUAAGCAGAAUUUUGACUUCCAGCAGAAGGAUGACAGCUGUUUGUCAAGGUGAAGGGCAGUGUCAAGAUGUAACUUCUGAGUGGAGUUUUCAAAGAAAGGAGGGCAGUGCUUUGAAGUGGUUAUUUUCUUUUAAGUCAAUAAGCUUCAAUGUGUACCAUGGCUUUGCUGGAGAUUUAAAGUCUUUUUGCAUAAUUAUUACAUUAAUUUUUUGAUCUACAGAAUUAAAAAUAUUUUUAAUGCCCACAGUUCGGUGAUUGGAGCUGUGCAGCUGAGGCACUGAA